GGCAUUGGACCAGGAUAGAAUCUUAAAAUAGUUCUCUACUUUGACAGUAAAUCAUUGAUAUACUUCUUUUCCAGUCACUGUAGUUUGCAUAUAAAUGAGGAUACCACAUAAGAAAACAUGAAAAGCCUUCCUGAAAUCUUGUUAGAUUCUGCUUCUCUUUUCUCAAGUCCUAUUAAUCAUUAAGAAGGAAAUUAGAUAACUUGUCACAACUUGUACUUGGCAGGUACAUGUUGUCUUUCACAUAUUCCUCCUAUCUUCUAAAUGCUUAAUAAUACUGUCUUCCAUUACUUGCUUCAGUAUUUGGAAUAACUGGGGGUAAACAGACAGGUUUUUUUAAAUCUUGAGCUUCUCUUUUGCCGCCUUCUUUAAAUAUAAAUAGUGUGUUUACUUUAUUGCAACAUUUGUGUCUUAUAUACAGGAUGAGUUAACAUCAGUGUUAAAUGAAUGGAAUCUAACUACUCUUUUGCUGUGUAAUGGCUCAGAGCUACUAUAGCCCUCUAUGGACUUUUGCUUGUUUCUUCGCUCAUAGCUAACUGAUAACACAAGCUGCCCGAGACCUCAUCUCUGCUAUAUAUUCUUUACCACAAAAAUGGAGAGAUACAACAUACUUACCUGACUAGUGAUAAGAUCAAAUACAUUCAGUUUGGAGAACUAUUCUCCAAUAUCUACAUUGCUUAGUUCAGUAUGAUAUAUUAACCAUGCAAUGAGUUCAAGAAGAUGUAUUAAAAGUGAAGCGAAUGACAGAGUUAAUUUAUCUGGGAGGCAGCUGGUAUGCUGGUGGACAAUUUAUUUUGAGUGGCCAGUUAAACAUCACAUCCUAAUUUAUUGGUGAGGAAGUAUUAGAAAAGUGUUCUGAGUGAAUAAAAUACAAAACCUUUUCUUUAACACAUUUUUUAAAAAAUUGGAAAAGCUGUGAGAUAAGAAGACUUUGAGCACCAGUCAUUAUGUCCUCCUUCCUGGCCAAAAUAUCCUCUUAUAAAAUAUCCUCUGCCAAAAUAUUCCCUGCCAGUCUCAUUUCAGUUAAAUUUCAUUAGCCUGGAAGCUACACAGAUACUGACAAAAAGCUAGAGAGAGAGACACAGUAUGUUGGCAUCAGAGCAGGUGAGCCCUGCUCAUUAUAAGGAUUCACUUUGUGUUUGAGGUUUGAUUCCUUGAGACUAUUUGUCAUUGCUGUCUGUUUCCAACAUGAGCAGAGACUGCUGAAAUUAUGUUGCUUGACGUAACUGCCUGCUUCUCUUAUUGCUGAAUAAUACUUCUGUCAUCACUUCUAAAUCUUCUGCUGCCUGAUUUUUUAGUGUAUAUCUUUCUUAUGCAUUAAUAGAUUUUGAACACUGAACUAGAAACAGCCUUGUGACAAUCCUUCCUGUCACAUUUGUUUCACAAUCUCUUUUGUCCAGGUUUGUGUUUUGCUUUGUACCUCCCAAUUUGUACCUUUUGUUCACUGACAUUGUCUUUAUUUUAACAGAAGUGUCCUUUAUUUUGGCCUCCUAGUCCAAAUUAGACAUGCCAUGUACUACUAUCCGAGAAGCCAAUCUAAAUUGCAGUGCAAAUGCAAACUGUGUUUAGCUUUAAUGUAGUGGCAAUCAACUGUCUACUUGAAUUAAUUUCAUCUCUUUUUCCUUUUUUAUUGUUCUAGCCUCGUUUCUUCAGGAAGCAAGAUUUACUCAGUUGUACUUUCUGUCAUUCUGAGCCUUGCAAUUUCUUUGGAACCUUCUUGAAAAUUUCAGCCAAUUUUGAGAGUGCUCAAGGUCUCAGUGUUACAACAAGCUGAAUGGAGCCAAGCAGUCUCCCACUGAGGGCAGAGAUGCAUUUCAGCGCAUUUAUUUGGACAUGUACUGGAUACAUAAAGGAUACUGCUAAAAUUCCUUCCAAAAGAGAAAAUUCUGUUAACGCUUGUUCUCUCUUAGCCACAUGUAGACUAGCUUAUCCGUUACCCGUUACUGGUAUUAAUUAGGCAAUGCACUCUCAUUUUUCUUUCAUGUCAUCACGUAGUCAUUUGUAUCAUUUGUAGUCCUUCUUUAUAUGAAACAGCAUUUUUAUGCUGAUUGGGAUAAUUGUAUUUAGCUAGUUCAUAUACUGGAUUUCUACAAAUUCUUGUCCUUUUGAUUUUUGAAAGCAUUGUUUCUGGAAUUUGGUUGUUGUUGUUGUUGUUUUGUUUUCAUGGUUUUUCCCUUGGCAUCUUGAAGUGCUUCUAUUUGUUGCUUGAUGUUGAGUAACAUCUUGCAAAUUUGCUAAUGAAAUCAGAAUUUCCCUAACAAAAUUUAGAAGUUUGCUAUUAUCCUGCAAUAUACAACUUGAUGUACUUAAGGAUGCAUACACUUCAUGAAUAAGCUCAUGAAAGCUGUAUUUUCCUGUUCAGUAGAAAUAAUCUUAUUAUUUAUGGAUUUGCCCUGAUUAGACCAAGGGCCUGUAUGCUUAUGUUUAUACUAUAUAUUUCCUUUUACUGCAAAUCCAGAGAAAAUAUUAAGCACACAACAUAGUCUUAUUCCAAGUCAUAAAACCACAGGAAACUUGGCUUCAUACAUUCUACUGCUUGUUCACCGUUCCUUGACUUCUACCUCUUCCUACCCUUUUCUGUUAUGCUUCUUGCUGUCUGUCUUUCUUGCAUCAAUUUUAAGCUACUGUAUUCAAAUAUCUCUUUUCCAAAUUUUUUCUCUCAUAAAUCUCUCUCAUUUACAUUUUCCUUCCUCAAAAUACCUUCCAACUACGUUUCUCUCAAUUUCAUAUUUCUCCAAGCUACUUUGCCUGCUUCCCACAGUCUUCCCACACUAUAUCUGAUAUAUACACCUGAUCUAGAGGAAAGUGUCCCCUGCCUAAAGCAGGGGAGUUGGAACUAGAUGAUCUUAAAGGUCCCUUCCAACCCAAACCGUUCUAUGAUUCUAUAUCCAUAGGAUUGCAUGUGCAUGUACACACACAUAAUAUCUAUGCACACAAAGAAAAACAUUUUUUUUUCCAUAUCUGAUUUUCUCUGCUACCUUUCUCUCACAGUCAUGUUUAGGGAUAAGAUUAGGAAUAUAUUUUUUUCAUUGAAACAGUUCAGAAUAAUUAUUUUUACUCUCCUCUCUCUUCUCUUGUCUGUAUCUUUUGCUAUCAGCCACAGAAGAAAGAGACAGAUGUUAAUGCUUUAUACUGAUUGCAAACCUCAUUAUAUUCUUGUGUAUGAUAGUUUUUACAUACACUACAUGGUACAGGACAUAACCACCUUGUGGUUCAACAAGCUGGACUAGGUCUACAUUCUGCUUCAUAUUACUUACUCAGAUGUAUUUUCCUCCAUUUCUUAGUCUACACUAUAAAUCAUAGAAUCAUAGACCGGCUUGGGUUGGAAGGGACCUCAAGGAUCAUCAGGUUUCAACCUCCCUCAACACUGCCUCAGGCAGUGUUGCCAGCUGCUAGAUCAAGUACUAUAUCAGGUUGCCCAGGGGCCCAUCCAACCUGGCCUCAAACAUUUCCAGGGAUGGGGCAUCCUUCUCGGGCCCUCUCUGGGCAACCUGUUCCAGCACUUCACCACUCUCUCAGUGAAAAAAUUCCCCGACAUCUAAUCUAAAUCUUCCCUCCGUUAGUUUAAAAUAACUCCCCUUUGUCAUAUCACUAUCUACCAGUGUAAGAAGUUUAUUUCCCUCCUGUUUAUAAUCUCAAUUUAAAUACUGGAAGGCCACAAUGAGGUCUCCCUGCAGCCUUCUCUUCUUCAGAUUGAACAAGCCCAGCUCCUUCAGCCAGCCUUCACAGGAGAGGUGCUCCAACCCUCUGAUCAUUUUUGUAGCCUUCCUCUUCACCCUCUUAACUCUUAAAAUAUAUAUCUCAACUAAAUUAUUUAUGGAAGUAUGCAUCUCACUGCAUUGCAUAUAUGUGUUUUCUAUUAAUCAGGUUAAUCAAGGAUGAGAACAUGACUUAAAUUAACUUUAUGUUCCUUCUGUAGGAAGACUGUGCAGGGAAAAAAUCACUGGACUGGAUGAAAACUGAAUGUGGAGCGAGCCGCUGCAUGUAGGAGGACCGCGGGUCGCGCGCACGGAAAAUGCCUCUGCGGGACAAGUGCUGUCAGACGGACCACCACCACCAGCACGGCUGCUGCGAGCCAGUGCAUAUAUUGGAACCUGGUGAUCCUCCACUAUUACAGCAGCCUCUGCAAACAUCAAAAUCUGGUAUUCAACAAAUCAUCGAGUGUUUUCGAUCAGGAACUAAACAACUUAAGCAUAUCUUGUUGAAAGAUGUGGACACCAUUUUUGAGUGUAAAUUGUGCCGGAGUCUCUUCAGGGGAUUACCAAAUUUAAUUACUCAUAAAAAGUUUUAUUGUCCUCCAAGUCUUCAAAUGGAUGACAACCUUCCGGAUAUAAAUGAUAAACAGAGUCAAGCCAUAAGUGACCUCCUGGAAGCAAUCUACCCAAGAGUAGAUAAGCAAGAAUACAUAGUUAAAUUAGAACCCAUAGAAACUAAUCAGAAUGCUGUAUUUCAGUAUGUGUCGAGGACUGAUAGCCCAGAUGAGAACACAGAAAGUAGUACUGCUACUGAUCAAGCUCCAGUACCGGUACAGGAACCCAGCACUGAACCACCCAAGGCUGUUUCAGCUCCAGCUCCAGUUGGGGAGACUGUGGAAUUACCUCCUGCUGAUCCUGUUACAAACAAGGUGAUCCCUGCUCCUGAAGAACAGCCUCCAGCAGUAACGCCUGAAGUGGACUCUUUGGAUAAUUCUGAUUUUGGCCACCAGUUGAUUUGUUGUCUUUGUAGAAAAGAAUUUCAUUCUAGACGCAGUGUACGCCGGCAUAUUAGAAAAGUACACAAAAAAAAGAUGGAAGAGCUAAAGAAGUACAUAGAAACAAAAAAGAAACCAAAUCUGUGCUCUGCAAAAGGCCGAAAUAAGAACGUUCUUGUAGCAUUAGGUAGAAGUUGUCCUGUAUGUUAUAAAUCAUUUGCCACAAAAGCCAACGUAAGAAGGCAUUUUGAUGAAGUCCAUAGAGGAUUAAGAAGGGAUUCCAUUACUCCUGAUAUAGCUACAAAGCCUGGGCAACCUUUGUUCUUGGAUACAGUUUCUGCUAAAAAAUCUUUUAAGACCCGAAAACAAAAGUCGUCUUCAAAGGCUGAAUACAAUUUAACUGCAUGCAAAUGCCUUCUGUGCAAGAGAAAAUAUAGUUCACAAAUAAUGCUGAAAAGGCACAUGCAAAUUGUUCACAAGAUAACUCUUUCUGGAAAGAACUCUAAAAGAGAGAAAGGGCCCAACAAUACUGCCAAUGGAACAGAAAUAAAACUAAAAGUUGAACCAGCAGAUUCUGUAGAACCUUCACCCCCUUCCAUCGCUCUUUCUCCACAGAAUGAAUUAAAGGGAACAAAUCAUUCAAAUGAGAAAAAGAACACACCGUCAGCACAGAAAAGUAAAGUUAAACAGGACCCUGAAAACCCUAAAUCAACCUCUAAGUCAACCACUAAAUCAACCUGUAAAUCAACUACUAAAUCGACUUCUAAAUCAACCAAUGCAUCUGCUGCAGGUGGCCAGCAAAAAACCAGGAAGCCAAAACUUUCAGCUGGCUUUGACUUCAAGCAGCUUUACUGUAAACUCUGUAAACGCCAAUUUACUUCGAAACAGAACUUGACAAAACACAUUGAAUUACACACAGAUGGCAAUAACAUUUAUGUUAAAUACUACAGGUGUCCACUCUGCUCUUAUGAAACACGUCGCAAACGUGAUGUGAUAAGGCAUAUAACCGUAGUUCAUAAAAAGUCACCACGCUACCUUGGGAAAAUAACGGCAAGUUUAGAAAUUAGAGCAAUAAAAAAGCCAAUUGAUCUGGUUCUAAAUAAGGUGACAAAAAGAGGCCCUCAGAGGGAUGAAACAAAACAGAUUGGUUCAAAACACGAUGUCACCUCUAAUUCGCCCAAUAAAAAGUAUGAAGGAGCUGAUGUUGGCAUUGAAGUAAAAGUAACAAAAAACUUUUCUCUUCACCGAUGCAAUAAGUGUGGGAAAGCAUUUGCCAGAAAAGCUUUUCUAGAACAUCAUAAGAAAACCCACAAGGCGAAUGUAUCUCAUUCACCUGAAGAAAACAAAACCAAAGGCAGAAGUACAAGAUCUAAAGCUGUUGUCUGGUUCAAGUGAUGUUCGGAAAAUUUGGAGUUCAUUUGCAUGAAAAAGACUUUAAUGUGGUGUUGGAACUGCUAAUAUCUUGAUAAUGGUACUAUAAGGAGGAAAUAUCUUCAUAAGCUGUUGUUUUCUUACUAAAUUGCAUCCAUUCUGACUGCAUGUUGUUAGUGCCUCCUCCCAAAACACUGCUGUAGUUGAAAUGCACUUGUGCUUCUAAAUUAGCAGUUAACUAUGCUUAUCUCUGUUUGACAAGGUUUGACAAGAACUUUCUGAACUUAAAAAACAAAACAAAACAAAAAAACAAUACAGAGGCAACUUGACAAACAACAGCUUUGGAAGAAGACUUUUGUUCCUCAUUUAGGAAAUGAUCUUCAGAGAGCUCAUCGUACUGUUCCUCCCUGAUAGUGCUAAUUGAUGAACAGCUCUAACUUUUUUGUGAUAUCCUACUUUGGCAAUUGUUAUAUACUGUUUUAAACUUAUUACAAAUGAAUGUAUAAGAGCAAACAUGUAGUGUACAUUGGCUGAAUUGUACUAAUUUUUAGUAUUUGCCAUAACAUCAGUUUGUUCAUAUAGACUAAUUUCCCAGUUCUGGGACAUUCUGAAUUUCACUGUACUACAGUCGCUUCAAAGAUGUCCAUAUUUUUUCCAUAUGUGGUUCAUCGGACAGCUUGAUAAACAUCUAGGAUGUUUACAAGAAUAUCCACAUUCCUCUAUUCUUUAAUUUUUUAAAAAAAAUAUAUACAACAAGCACUUUAAUGGUAGUUGCAGUUUAUUUUUUCAAUUUAUUUUUUGAAAGUUCAACACACUAAUGUUAAUAUGAAGGUAGUGAAUAUUCGUCGAUGUGUUAUAGACAGACAAUCUGUGCACAACCACUUAUAAUGUUAGUUUAUUUCAUUAAUUAUUAAUAAAAAGGGAGGAUAGUAUGAGAGAAACUCAAAGUAAUUUUUCUCUCAAUAUGAUAAAUGACCACUCUAGAUAGCACUUGAAUUUGUAUAAUUUGAAAAAUGUUUUAGAUCCUUUUUUAUUUUAACCUUUUAACCAGGAUUUUAGGAAACGUGUUGCAUGCCUGCCAUUGUGGAAUUCUUGGCAGUUUUCAUGCAGCAGUGGUUUUGUCCUUUUUUUUUUAUGUUUUAGAAAAUAUUUUGUUUAGUGAUUUGUGUCAAAUUGCUACAAUUUGAAAGGUACUGUACAUCAGAAGAAAUGUCAUGUUUUUUAUAUAGGUUUACUCCCUUACUUAGGGAGGUGCCUCGUGUUCAUAUAUACUUUUUGUAUAAAAUAUAUCUAAAAUUGUUGAUCACAAGAUCAGGAGUAAAAAUACUUAUAUGGAUAGAGAAAUAUUUGGCCCUGUUAGUGCGUUGCACUACAAGUACUGUGAAUGGGAACUGGACUGUAGCUGUUGCUCAAAAUGUUCUAUGUUGAAUGUACAUGCUUUUGUUUGGAUAAAUGUAAUGUGUUUGGCUGAAAAUAAAGCAGACUGGAAAUCACUUUUAAGUGCGCAUAAACAGAAAGACGUUUUUAUAAUAUCUGGAAUAGCUGUCAUUCCACAAUCAGAUAAUACACUUCUGUAUUUUUGUAAAGUUUACCCUCUGAUCAUUGAAACUAGUUGUUUGUAAUAUUCUGUUGUAAUAAAUGUUUUUGUUUUGAUAUUAAAAGUUUGGCACUUGUGGAGUGAACGUUUCUCCACGUUGGUGGUUGACCCUUUGA